CUCCCAACCACCUCAAUAAUGCCUCUGGUCAGAUUAAAAAAAAUACUUUAUCAGAUAAAAUAUUCCCGGUCAGAUAAAAUAUCUCUGUAUAGAUGCCCACCCACCCCGCAACUAACAUCAUUACUCCCAACCACCUCAAUAAUGCCUCUGGUCUCAAUAAUUCACCUCUAACACUCACUAUAUAAACAACACUUCACACACUAAUUCUUAUCACUCACAUCUCUCAUUUCUAUCACUUAUAACUCUCAUUUUACCACUCACAACAAAAAAUUAUGUCAACUGAGCAGAACAUAAUAGUUCUUGUUUAUUGGAAUGGGGUAUUGACUAAUGUUGACAACGAAGUCAAAUACUCUUCAUUUCCGAAUGCAGUACUUUUCUUAACUGCCGGUGUUAGCUACACAACACUGUGUGAGCGUAUUAUUGCUGAGAUUUCUCGUGAUGGUUUAGAUAAUAUCAAAACCAUUCAUGGAAAAUUUCCCUUUCAUACUACAGAUGGUGUGUGUGCAUCUAUGCCGUGGCCCAUUCACGAUGACCAGUCAUGGAUCUAUUUUAUGCAAAUAGCUUCGAACGUGUACGAUCGCUUGGAGUUAUUCAUUGAUGCAAACAAUAGGGAUGUCAUUAUUCCAUUGCACGAAGGCCCUUCUAGGCGGCGGCGCAACCGGGAGCCAUUAUCAUCAACUCAAGGUCCUUCAAUGGUUGAUAUGGAUCCGCCACAUGAGGACGUGGAGGAUGAAGAGGAUGAAGAGGAUCCCGACUACAACUAUCUUUCAUUUUCGGAAGAGGAGAGCGCUUCCGAAGAUAGUAAUGAUAGUCGUGACUCAUCUUGGGUUAUGCCACAUAACCAAGAGGAUCCGUUUGUUGAACCCGCAUACCGUGUCGUAGACCCAAUAGAAGUGGGAAGGAUAUAUGAUUCCUAUGACGAACUCAAAGAAGCAGUCUCUAUUCAAAACUUGAAAGAAUAUCGAACAUUCCGGAGUGAGGCAAAACGUGCAACAUACUGGAGGGCUAAAUGCGUCUACGAUGAGAUGUGUUCGUGGCACAUUCAAGCAUCACAAGUGAAGAGCACAAACCUCUGGAAAGUAAAGAAGUAUCAACCCCGCCAUAACUGCCUUCCGAAUUAUACAAGAGGCAGAAUCGACAAACUCCUUACAAGUAAGCUCAUCGCUUCUGAAAUUAGUUCCACGAUUCGCAUAAAACCAGAGUAUAGUAUUAAGUUGAUAAUGAAUGACAUACACCAAAAGUAUAACAUUCAUGUUGGAUAUAAGAAAGCGUGGUAUGCUCGUAUAUUAGCACUCGAGAAACGGUUUGGCAAUUGGGAGACAUCGUACAACGAUCUCCCAAAAGUGUUACAAGCAAUGGCGUAUACUAACCCAGGGAGCAUAAUUGAUAUUCAAAGUGAUAACACCCAGACCCAAGGUACAUAUGAAUUUAAAUUUGCUUUUUGGUCAAUAAAAGCGGCCAUUGAUGGGUUCAAUCACUGCCUUUCGGUUGUGUCAAUUGAUGGAACUCACUUGUACGGAAAGUACAAGGGUCAUCUCCUAGUCGCGGUGGCAAUGAAUGCGAACCGUGAAAUCUACCCUCUAGCAUUUGGAGUGGUAGAUAGUGAGAAUGGUACUAGUUGGACGUGGUUCUUACAGUUUCUUGUGACACACAUCAUACGGCCGCAUCGGAAUGUUUGCAUCAUCUCGGAUAGGCAUGCGGGUAUAGAUUAUGCAUUUCGGAAUGUGGAAGAAUUGGGAACACCUCGAUUUCAGAGACGUUACUGUCUUCGCCACAUUAGAAGCAACUUCAUGUCCCAAUUUAGAAGUAAACAACUAAAGAAGUUGUGUUGGCAAGCGGGAAGUACCCCGAUUGUAAGUGAGUUUAACCAUUUCAUGCAACAAAUUAGGGGUAUUAACGAGAGAGCAUUCAAGUAUUUAAAUGACAUUCCCCAAGAAAAGUGGGCACUUUGUUUUGAUGGUGGUUGUCGUUAUGGUAUUUUGACAACAAAUCUUUCGGAAAGUUUCAACAAUGCUCUCAAAGGAUGUAGGACAUUGCCAAUCACUGCCCUUGUACGAGCAACUUUUGACAAACUAGUCCAACUCUUCGCCCAACGUCGUAGUGCUGGUAUGAUGUGGCAGCAAGUUGGAUAUCAUUUUCCGGACAACAUUCGGAAAGAGAUUAUGGAGCGUUGGCACCAAAGACCUCACACUAUGGUUCUUCCACACAACCACUACACAAGAAUUUACUCAGUCGCCGUGGAUAAUGCAACACCUGUUACGGUGAAUCUAUCGAGACUUGUCUGUGAGUGCGGUUGUUGGAGGAUGAACGGCAUGCCAUGCGUCCAUGCGCAUGCUGUCUGCCAUUUUCUUAAGUGCCCUGUUGAUCAUCUUAUUCCAGAGGUAUACAAACUAAGUUCUUACAUAAAUGCACAUUCCAGUGAUAUCAUGCCAUUGCCGAAUCUGAAUGAGUGGCCACAAAAUGAGUUCAUUCUUCUGCCGCCUAAAUACUCUUCCAGAACUUCUCGAGUAGGACGCCGUCAAGAAACAAGAUUUCCAAAUGAGAUGGAUAUGCGUCCAAGACGCAGAGCACAACAUGAUUGAUUCACAUUUGUACUCUCUUAUGGUGUAUUAUUUCUUUUCUUUGUAGUUUGUUUUAAUGUUGUAACACUUUUAUUAGCCAUAUGUUUCAAAUGUACUUUUAAUAUGUUAUGAACUUUGUUUAAUUUUGAGUUCAUAUGACUUAAUGGGUCACUUAUUAUUAAAC